CGUGUAACGAAGUCGUAGCUGAGUGGGUGUCCGUCACCCGUGUAGCUAAGUGGGUGUUGGUCACCCGUGUAACGAAGUCGUAGCUGAGUGGGUGUCCGUCACCCGUGUAGCUAAGUGGGUGUUGGUCACCCGUGUAACGAAGUCGUAGCUGAGUGGGUGUCCGUCACCCGUGUAGCUAAGUGGGUGUUGGUCACCCGUGUAACGAAGUAGGGUGUUAGGCAUCCGUGUAACUACAAGUUGGUGAAAAUAAAGAGUGUGCUACCCGUGAAGUCGUCUCCUGCCGAGUUACUACUUUACAACUGGCGUCAGAAGUAAACCUGUCUUCAAGGAGAAAUGGACACAAGGAAGACUUCUCGUUCCCACGUGCAAGACCGGGGAGACGACGACGUACCGGUGACACCACCCUCGGGAGGAGAGGACGAGGAGUUGCCGCCGAUGCAGCACUUCGCGGAAAUGGCCGAUGCUCCGCCCGCCUCCGACACCAGCCUGCAGGACGCACAUUCCCGCCUGGCGGAGUUGCUGCUCGCCGCCGCUGCAAUCUUGGCGGAGAUCUCCGUUCCAGCGGCCGGAGGAACGCCUGCGGGGUUGGAAGAGGCGGCGCGGCUGGAGGGUUCCCGCCAUACGGCGUUUCGCGCCAAAAGUUUGGGAGUUGGCGCCAUUUUUGAGGGCCCGACUCCGCUUGGCGGGAAACGAGGACACCACGUGGCCAGAGGUCUCCACACAGCGCAGCCCGCGUCAUCGGCGAGCGCCGGAGCUCUCCAUUUUGCGCCUGCAGAGGGAGCCGACAUUUUCUACAACCACAGCGGCGCGCGGGAAAAUCGCUCCAACGACGACGACGACGAUCGAGUUCUCCAGCAACGAUUGCCCGCGCUGUCGGUGUUCAAGGCGGACGGGGGCGACUGGGGAGCCUUCCAGCGACGGUUCAUCGCGCAUCAAGAAAUGUCGGGGUGGUCCGACACCACUGCCCUGCGCGCGCUGCCAGCGAUGCUCGACGACGACGCGCUUGCGGCCUUCACGUCUGCCCCGAGGUCGUCCCGCUCCACGCUCCAGGCCGCGCUGCACCUGUUGGCCAAGGUGUUCGGGCCGCCCUCGACCUGUCGCCACCAGUUCUACGAUCGGCGGAAGGUGGUUGGAGAAACAACGCUCGCCUAUCGCACGGCGCUGCUCGCCCUGGCAGAUUCAGCUUUUCCCCGUAUGGACAAGGAGGGGAAGGACGCCAUGGUGACGGAGCAGCUGCUGGCGCUGGCUCACGGAUUGGGAGUUCCCAUUAAUACGGCGGACGAGAUGGACAUCUGCUCCCUGGGGAUUGCCACGAGUAUCCACGCUUACGAGGUCCUACAGCGGAAGCCGACGGUCGUCUGCGCAUCGGUGGAGAACGGGGCACCGGCCGCCACGAUCAUCGGACCUCAGCCUGCUGUGCCUCGGGAGGAGGCCUUCGCGGGUUCGAGGCCGGGGGAGUGGAGAACGGGCGGUCGUUCGCCCACACGCUCCUCCCGCAAGCUGGAGCAACCGAAACCCACGACGUCCCUCGUCGUCUGCUACAACUGCGGCCUUCGGGGCCACGUCGCGUCGGGAUGCCGGGCCCCGCGUCAACGCACCGCGGGACCACGUCCGGACGACGCCCAGGGACUCAAGACAUCCCAACUGAACCCGGUGUCUCGGACCUGACGGCUGUUGACCGUCGGGAACCGGAACCCCGGGGCUCGCACGGAGCCCCGAUGCCUGUCCCAUGCCUCCCUGAACUGCCGGCGCUGCCGGAUGGCCAACUGCGUCCUGUGCCGUACGACGGUCCGGCAAGGCGGACUCGAUCAAGGACGCAACACUUUUCAUGAAAAAAAAAAAAAAUAUAUUCUUUUUUUGUUAAAGCCCGACUUCGUUGCCGGCUUCCCCCCCUCUGCCGGGGUAAUGUCCCGUUCAAGGGACGCUCGGACAUUGGGACAUUGCAUGAGUCGGAGAGAAAAGAAGAGAAAAUGAUUAAAGAAAUUUUUUUUU